AACCACUUGACUUGCCAGGAAUUCAAAAUUUCCAUCAGCUCAUGUGUCAGGCAAAGUCCUGUUUCAUUCAGAUCUUCCAAACCCCUUUAUCACAGCAGGAUGUUCUUCAAAAUAAAUAGUUUUUUCUUUUUCUUUUUUCCCUCAGCAACCGGUAAUGGAAGAGGAUAUAAUAUGUUUUCUUCUUUCAACUUUCGACUUUCACCUUUCACCUUUCACGCAGAAAACAACUUCUAUAUUAAAAGCUUUCCCCAGCAAUCCCAGUGCACUCUUUACAAUCCCAAAUAAUCUUUAAUCAGUCAACAGGGGCACUAAACCUGUUUAACAGACAGGUUCCACACAAAUUAAAAACUUUCUUUCCAUGUUCCGCCCUGCAGAAGAACCUGAAAAAUCAUACUGCAGUGAUAAGGAACUUCCUUGAUCCUUCUGGUUAAAUCUGCCACUUCUUCAAAUGGGCUCUUUUCAUACUGUCACUUUGAUAGUAUUUCUUUCACUAGCAUCUUCAACAGGCUUGCAGAUUGAAGCCCAGGGAAUAAAAUCAGCUCGUCUUCUUGAUCUUGUGAUCAGAGAUUACACUUUCCAAUCUUAUGAUAGAUUCUUCGGCACAGGCAAACUACACACUGUAAGUUUGCCAGCAAAUCUCUCUGGAAUCAAGGUUGACACAGUGAGAUUCCGCUGUGGCAGUCUUCGAAGGUAUGGUGCAAAAGUUAGCGAAUUUCAUCUGGGGACAGGUGUAACUGUGAAUCCAUGUGUAGAGAGGGUAUUGAUAGUCGCUCAAAAUCUUGGAUCCAACUGGUCAUCCAUAUAUUAUGAUAACUAUGAACUAUCAGGAUAUCAGCUGAUUUCACCAGUUCUAGGCCUACUAGCUUACAAUGCUGGAGACAACAUAAAUUUCAGCAGCCCAUUUGAGCUCGGCAUUCAAGCAGGCAAAGACCCUAUUAAGAUAGACUUUCGGAACACUACAAAGUUAAACGCUACAACGGGGAUCAUACCUUUGUGUGCUCGAUUUGAACGCGAUGGAAAGGUGACGCUAGCCAACCAAGCAUCACCAAAUGUAUGUGUUUCCACAAGACAAGGGCACUUUGGCUUGGUCAUCGAGUCACCAUUGAUGCCAAUGAAAAAGCAGGUAAGCAAGUGGAAGAUAGCUGUAGGAAGCUCCAUUGGAGCUGCACUUGGUGCUUUCCUUUUAACUUUACUUUUGAUAGCAAUAUUUGUUAAGGUGAAGAAGAAAGCAAGAAUGGAAGAGUUGGAAAGAAGAGCUUAUGAAGAGGAAGCUCUGCAAGUAUCAAUGGUUGGACAUGUGAGAGCUCCUACUGCAUCUGUCACUCGAACAGUGCCUAUAAUCGAGCACGAGUAUACACCUCCUCCCCAUUGAUCUGCUAGUUGUUUAUCUCCAUAAACAUCAUUCUUUGUGUAAGAUCAUCUGAAAUUAUAGGUUUAUCUUUAUAGAUUGAAACGUAGGCUUGGAAUAUUUGCGUAGUCUUUGAUACCUCAAAUCAAGCUGACUAAUUGUUGUAUGUAAUCUUCUGAUCUGACAAAUUCUUCUGUUGCGCCAUUGAGUUGAAAAACAUUAUUGUGAUUCAUUAAUUGUCUCUUGUCUAGUGAU